ACCGGGCAAGGUGCGGCUGUGGCGUUGGCAUGGACACUGCUGCAGGACGGCGCUAUGCUGGCAGAACAUGGGCUCUGGGCUCCCCUGGCAUCUGCUGCCUGGGCAUCGCUGCCAUCACGUGGGGUGUAGUGACAUGGGUAGAGGUGGGUGCCUGGACAUACCAUUACAGUGAUCAAGGGGACUACACAUGGCAGGAGGCCAGGAACUACUGCCAGUCCUUCUUCACUGAUCUGGUGGCAAUCCAGAACAAGCAGGAGAUCGAAUACCUCAACCAGAGCCUGCCCUUCCAUGGGCGCUACUACUGGAUCGGCAUCCGCAAGCUGGGUGGCACUUGGACCUGGGUGGGCACCAAGAAAGCACUGACAAAGGAGGCAGAGAACUGGGCAGCUGGGGAGCCGAACAACCGCCGCUCCAACCAGGACUGCGUGGAGAUCUACAUCAAGAGGCCACAGGAGUCGGGCAAGUGGAACGACGAGCCCUGCAGCCGGCGGAAAAAGGCACUCUGCUACCAGGCCUCCUGCCAGCCCUUCUCGUGCAGCCAGCAUGGCGAGUGCGUGGAGACCAUCGGGAGCUACCGCUGCGCGUGCUACCCUGGCUUCCGUGGCCCUGAGUGCCAGGAGGCUGUGCAGUGCCCCAAGCUCCAGCCCGAGGGAGCGCUCAUGAACUGCAGCCAUCCCUAUGGAGACUUCAGCUACAACUCCACCUGCGCGUUCUGGUGCCAGGAGGGGUUUGAGCAGCAAGGGGCAGGCACGCUGCGGUGCCUGGCUUCCCAGCAAUGGUCUGCAGAUGUCCCCACAUGCACAGCCACCACCUGCCCAGUCCUCAGUGCUCCAGACCGAGGAGAGCUGAACUGCUCUCACCUCCAUGGGGAUUUCGCCUUUGGCUCCAUGUGUGCCUUCUCCUGCCAGAUGGGGUUUGCACUGCUGGGGUCAGAGAACCGUGAGUGCACAGCCACGGGAACCUGGACUGGGGAUGCCCCAGGCUGUGAAGCCAUCACCUGCCCAGUGCUCAGAGCUCCAGACCAGGGAGAGCUGAACUGUUCCCACCUCCAUGAGGAUUUUGCCUUUGGCUCAUCUUGUGACUUCUCCUGCCAGACAGGAUUUGUGCUGAAGGGUCCAGAAAGCCUUGAGUGCACAGCCACAGGGACCUGGACAGGGGAUGCCCCACACUGUGAAGCUAUUGCCUGCCCAGUUCUCAGGGCUCCAGACCAGGGGGCACUUAACUGCUCACAUCUCCAUGGGGACUUCACCUUUGGCUCCAUGUGUGCCUUCUCCUGCCAGAUGGGGUUUGUGCUGAUGGGGUCAGAGAACCUUGACUGCACAGCCACAGGGACCUGGACUGGGGAUGCCCCACACUGUGAAGCCAUCACCUGCCCAGUGCUCAGCCCUCCACACCAAGGAGACCUGAACUGCUCUCAUCUCCAUGGGGACUUUGCCUUUGGUUCAGCUUGUGCCUUCUCCUGCCAGAUGGGGUUUGUGCUGUUGGGGUCAGAGAACCUUGACUGCACGGCCACAGGGACCUGGACUGGGGAUGCCCCACGCUGUGAAGCCAUCACCUGCCCAGUGCUCAGUGCUCCAGACCGAGGAGAGCUGACCUGCUCCCAUCUCCAUGGGGACUUCACCUUUGGCUCCACGUGUGUCUUCUCCUGCCAGCUGGGAUUUGCCCUGAAGGGGCCAGAAAGCCUUGAGUGCACAGUCACAGGGACCUGGACUGGGGAUGCUCCACGCUGUGAAGCCAUCGCCUGCCCAGUGCUUAGUGCUCCAGACCAGGGAGAGCUGAACUGCUCUCACCUCCAUGAGAACUUCACCUUUGGCUCCAUGUGUGCCUUCUCCUGCCAGACAGGAUUUGCCCUGAAGGGUCCAGAAAGCCUUGAGUGCACAGCCACAGGGACCUGGACUGGAGUUGCCCCACACUGUGAAGCCAUCACCUGCCCAGUGCUUAGUGCUCCAGACCGAGGAGACCUGAACUGCUCUCACCUCCAUGGGGACUUUGCCUUUGGCUCCACGUGUGCCUUCUCCUGCCAGACAGGGUUUGAAUUGACAGGGCCAGACAGCAGAGAAUGCACAGCUAUGGGCACCUGGACUGGGGAUGCCCCAUACUGUGAAGCCAUCAAAUGUUCUGCACUGCCCACACCUGUGAUGGGUCAGGCUGCCUGCUCCCACCUCUAUGGGGACUUCACCUUUGGCUCUACCUGUGCCUUCUCCUGCCAGACAGGGUUUGUGCUGGUGGGGCCAGAGAGCCUCAAGUGCACAGCCACUGGGACCUGGACUGGUGCCAUGCCACGAUGUGCAGCUGUCAGCUGCCCAGUGCUGGACCCCCCCAGCAGAGGCCAGCUGAGCUGCUCUCACCUGCAUGGGAACUUCACAUACAACUCCAGCUGCACCUUUUCCUGCGAGGAGGGCUUUGUGCGGAUGGGAGCAGAGCUGCUGCGGUGUGCAGCCACAGGCAAUUGGACCAGGCACCGCCCUGUCUGUGCAGAGGAUGGUGUGCCCUUCUUAAAGCAAGUCCUGGCUUACAGCAGUGGUACGGCCCUGGCAGUAGCUGGCAUCGUGCUCUCGGGGACCCUCAUUGCCCUCCUUGCCAAAAGGCUCAGUGAGAGAGAGGAGAAGAAGAAGCUCCUGAACCCUACCAGUGACCUAGGAUCACCAGGCAUCUUCACCAACGCAGCCUACAAUGCCAACCUGUAAGCCUGGCCGUGACCAAACCCCACCACCUCCCCAG